AAAAACAGAUAUUGCAUUUCUGUUGUGAAAAAGACAAAAAGAACGACUUUUGUUUAAAAAAAAAAUACCUUAAAAAAACACUAAUGUCGUUUGAAUUGCAUCUCUAUAUCAUUGCAGCUAAACUGGUUUUUGUGUAUAUGGACUGUGGCAGUAUAUAUAACUUUCCACCCUGCUGCGUCGGAGAAAAAUUGGAUAAAAGCAAGAAUAUAUGUACGAAAUGCCCGAGAGGUGUGUAUGGUGACAACUGUACUCACUCCUGUAAGGUUCCGUACUUUGGACAUCGCUGUGUGCUCGGCGCGUGCAAAUGUAACCGUGUUUCCUGUAAAAUUCCAACGCAGAUAUGUUUUCCGACAACAGAAACGGACGUUUCCGGAUCAACACUGGUGUCAGCAACAGAAAUAGUAACAACAACCCAACGAGUCAAAAGGACUUCUGUGACUCCGGAGCCAUUCAGUGUAAGGCCGGAUACACGGGACGAGGACCCGGGACCCCGGACCGGUGACGCUGCUUCAUACCUCGUCUACAUCAUGCCCAUGAUUCUAACAUUAUUCUUAUUGAAGAUGUUAAGUUUCAUCUUUUGCUACAGAUGUCGUCAGUCGUGUAAUGUAGUAAACAAAACACAUCAAAUUAAUACAGACUAUGAGCUUCCAGCUAUAGUGUACGAAAACAACGGAUCUACAAAUAGCUAUGACACCCCUGAUACCAACACAAACAUUCAUCCAACAAUAGAUUCAAGCGAAUCGUCUUAUGAGUUUGUUGAACUAUUUCGAAAAGAUUUAUGAAGUUCACAUCUAAAUUCGUUUUGAAAUCAAUAUUGUGCUUGAUAAGUUGAUAGAGGGAUUAUGUAAGUGAUAUAAAUACAUGCAUAUAUUCUAUAUUUUGAUUAUUCGCAAAAUAUUUUCUGUAGAAAAAAAAUGUCUGCUAUGUAUAUAAUUUUCAGACUUGGCUAUCAGCUGUCUCAAUUUGGCUUAAUUGAAAACAAAUGCGAAUUGUCUUGUAUACACAUGAGAUUUUUUUUCUGUACGAAACGAUUACUCAACACGUCCUAGCUUCCUUAUAUUUUUCCACUGGAAAAUAAAAUCAGUCCAAAAAAAUCGAUAAAAUUAUUUAACAAGUUAAAUUCAAUUUUGUUAACGUUUACUUUUCCUUCCAUCAAUAAAUUCACAGACAUAAUCAUUUUUAUACUUGCUUAAGUAUCUAUUUUAAAUAAUUACUGCUCUCCUCAUUUCUUUUCAAAGAUGUCUAUAGCAUUGAUGUUUGAUAAAAUUAUGGUAGAGAUUAGAAGUCUAGAUUUCUUAAACGCCGUACAAUUUUGACAAAUGAUAAAAGAAAUAAAAGCAACAUAUAGA